AAAAUGUGAAUCAAUGUAUCAAAUAAAAGUUGAACAAAUAAUCUUGGGCUGAGGGCUUUUAACCCAGUCCAAGGGAGGGGAAGAAGAUUUGGGGACUACGCCUUAGUGCAAUGAAUAUUUGGGUAAACAAGUCUAAAGAAAACGCCUUGGUGAUUAUUAUCUGUGUGUAUUUGAGUGUAUAAAAAUAUAUAUAAGAAAGUGUAUAUGUAUAUUGUAUUUGCAAGUAUAAGAGUUCUGUGUGUUAAAUUAUAUGAAAUGCAUUGAGAUUGUGAUGAAGGAAAGUUAAGGAUAUUAAGCAUUAGAGCCUAAUUAUAUAAAAUAGCCAUAAGAUUAAUUAAAGAAAUAAAUAAAGGGUGGAUCAGCUUUCUAGGGACCGCACCCUGUCCUAGUAGCAAAAGCAGAAGUUCAUUCCUCUUCUAAGGAAAGGCUACUUGUAAAGGUGCAAAAAUGAGAUAACUAUGUGUACGUGCUUAGAAGGAAAUAAAAGCCGGUUUGGAAAACCGCAAAGGGCCUCCUGUGACGUGGAUGCUGUCAGUGACAAACUGUCAGCAUUCUGCAGCGGGUCUCUGCUCACCAAGAAAGAUCAAGAAAUAAUAAAAGAAGUUGUUUGUUUGAAUUUGUGUUUGUCUGCUGUUGUUUCGAACCUUCGACCACAGUUUUCUGGUGCCGUGACCCGGAUCGGAGACGGACAGCUGACUCCUCGGGCUGGAUCGUCCAAGAGGACCGGUAAGAGGACCGAUUAACAGCUGAAUCGGGAAGGACCAGCUCCGGAAAAAGUUAGGACUGGCCUGCCUCGGGCGCAUCCUGUGUGGGGGGUCUCUGGCCUCCUCCGAUCGAAUGCGAAGGUCGAACCAACUGGGAUUUCCCUAGCAGGACAAGAACUUCUUGGUGAGUAGACCGAGGGAAUCCGAUUGAGUGAAUGACCUAGCUCAGGGAUUUGACCGGGUUUAUGGAAAAGAAAAUUGACUAAUGAAAUACUGUAUCACUUAACAGAUAGCAAACUGGAAAGCAGAGAAUAAUACUUGGGUCCCUCGGGGACAGUGUAAGGUGCUGAGAACGUUAGUAAGUUACUCCCUGUGAAGUGGAAUAGAAAGGGUCUUACAGGUCUCCGAGCCUCCCUGAAGGAAGUCCACGAGCAGGUUAAUCAGGCCUGGAGAACCAGUCCUCCAUCAAAGGACUCCCUGAUUCCUCUGGGAACCUGGAUCCUGGUUAGAGAUACUCGAAGGAAGCACUGGCAUCAGCCUCGUUGGAGGGGACCAUUCCAAGUGCUGCUAUCUACACCACAUGCAGUUAAGGUCGAAGGACUGCCUGCCUGGAUACACGCCUCACAUUGCAAGAAAUGGCACUCUUGACUCUAUUACUGAUUCAUCUCACCUUCCCGUUAACAUCUACCCUGGUUACCUUGACUUUUCCCCUUGGAAUCACCACCUCAAUCCAGGUUGAUUUUUGCUCCAUCGUUGACUGUGGCUCUGGACGUCAAGUCCAAUGGGUCUGGUCUGACAAAUAUGUUUGCGUGACAACCUCCAUGAUUAGAGGAGUUGGCCAUUCAAUGAGAGGUAGCUACUUGGGAGGGGGAUAUGUGGACGUCUCUGAUGACUGGUGUAACCUGUGGACAUUGGUAUUCGCUAAUACUGGAACCCAUGAUUGGGGUCACGAACCAUGGCAGUCCCUACAUUAUGGACUUAAGGCUCGUUUUUCUAUAAUUAAGGGUCAUAAUAAUGACAAAUGCUCAGAAAAUGAUUGCAAUCCACUUAUAAUAACGCUGAAAAAUCCUUCUUUUCAUGAUUCAGGUACAUAUGUGUUAGGAGCUCACGUCUCAGGCACCGAUCCCCUCGGGCAGUUUAAGAUUCAGGUAACCAAACCCCCUCCCCCUACAACUUCCAAAACUCCCUCUCUCGCUCUACCCCAUAACCCUCCCAUUGUUUCCCCUACCCCUCCUAUUCAAAUACCCCAGGAACCAAUUACUUAUCUAAAUAUCACCACCCUUUCCUCCACAUUCUCCAUAGAAACCGGAUACGGUGACCAAAACCGAUGGCUGCAGUGGGUCCUCUAUUCUGCACGACAGGUAAAUCAAUCUGACUGUUAUGCAUGUGCCACUGCACGGCCUCAUCUUGCCACUACCCCAUUUCCCUUAACUGACCUCUCGGACCCCACUGGCUUUCCCUGUUUGCUUUACCUAUUUACUACUGCUCUUCCUCCAACAGAUCCCAAAUGUAAUACUUUAAAUACCCUUUUUCCCCCAAUUCAACCCAUGACUCCCCCUAUGUUCCGCCCCUAUAUUGGCAAUUACAUCUGUUUCACUCGAUCCUCUCAUGACAAAAAUGCCGUUGCUCUUGGCUCCCCUCCUCCUCUUUGGUGCUCCCUCACUUAUGAUGUCUCUAUUGAUGCCUCCAUCCCUCUUCCCAAUAACAUUUCCAUUAGUUGGUUUAUCUCCCACGUCACCGCCCGUGCUGAUGUUUGGUGGAUGUGCCGAAGAUCUAAAUUACUGGACAUCCUCCCACCUGAAUGGACUGGUACCUGUACCCCUAUACAAUUGGUCAUGCCCUUUCGUCUCCUUCCUUUAAAUGGCCAACAACUUCCAUCCUCUCCCCAUCCCCAUCGUAUUCGCAGAUCCUUAACAUCAUUUGCAAAUUUCUCAUUACAUGGUCCAGGUGUGUAUAUUGACUCAAUAGGUGUGCCUAGAGGUGUUCCUAACAAAUUCAAAGCCAGAGAUCAAGUAGCUGCUGGUUUUGAAUCUCUUUUUCCCAUAAUCACCAUAAAUAAAAAUGUGGAUUGGAUAAAUUAUUUAUAUUACAACCAACAGCGUUUUCUAAAUUUUACUAAAGAAGCUGUUGAAGGAAUACAUGAGCAAUUAGAUAAAACCUCUCUUAUGACCUGGCAAAAUCGCCUAGCACUAGAUAUGCUUCUAGCCGAAAAAGGUGGUGUGUGUGCUAUGUUUGGAGAUGCUUGCUGCACGUACAUUCCAAACAAUACUGCCCCUGAUGGCUCCAUCACCCGUGCCCUCGCUGGUCUGACUGCUCUCUCCCUGGAAUUGGCUGAAAACUCAGGCAUUGAUACCCCUCUUGAUGAGUGGUUUAUAUCCACAUUUGGCUCUUGGGGCCAAUGGUUCAAAUCCAUUUUUGUUUCCCUUUUAGUUGCUUUAGCUAUUAUUCUUUUGGUUUGCUGUUGUCUUAUUCCAUUAAUUCGUCAUUUUAUCCAAAAGCUUUUUUCUGCCUCUAUGACUAAAGCCUAUUUCCUCCAUACAGAACACAUAAAUCUUCUUUUCCAAUCUAGAUCAUGUUCUCAGACCACUCUCGAUCAAGAUUGUUUGGUUUGAACUAUUCUUUGUUCAAAAAGGGGGGAAUGUGGAAUAAUAAAAAUGUGAAUCAAUGUAUCAAAUAAAAGUUGAACAAAUAAUCUUGGGCUGAGGGCUUUUAACCCAGUCCAAGGGAGGGGAAGAAGAUUUGGGGACUACGCCUUAGUGCAAUGAAUAUUUGGGUAAACAAGUCUAAAGAAAACGCCUUGGUGAUUAUUAUCUGUGUGUAUUUGAGUGUAUAAAAAUAUAUAUAAGAAAGUGUAUAUGUAUAUUGUAUUUGCAAGUAUAAGAGUUCUGUGUGUUAAAUUAUAUGAAAUGCAUUGAGAUUGUGAUGAAGGAAAGUUAAGGAUAUUAAGCAUUAGAGCCUAAUUAUAUAAAAUAGCCAUAAGAUUAAUUAAAGAAAUAAAUAAAGGGUGGAUCAGCUUUCUAGGGACCGCACCCUGUCCUAGUAGCAAAAGCAGAAGUUCAUUCCUCUUCUAAGGAAAGGCUACUUGUAAAGGUGCAAAAAUGAGAUAACUAUGUGUACGUGCUUAGAAGGAAAUAAAAGCCGGUUUGGAAAACCGCAAAGGGCCUCCUGUGACGUGGAUGCUGUCAGUGACAAACUGUCAGCAUUCUGCAGCGGGUCUCUGCUCACCAAGAAAGAUCAAGAAAUAAUAAAAGAAGUUGUUUGUUUGAA